GCACCUGCUAGACAGACCCAAGCUGGGGACUGCUAUGUCCCCAUGUACUGAUACUCAUUGUCAUGCAGAAGUCUUGUCACAGGAGAGGACAAUGAGCCAGCCUGGCUGACACUGAUGUUUCCUAGAACCAUAUAACAAGUUCUCCCUCUGGGAGGUUUGAUACAGAACUGAACAAGUGACAUCUCUUCUGCCUGCUUGUGUAUCUUGGCAGCUGCUGCCCCUCCAUGAGUCUGUGCAGACUGCUGGCCUUAUCUUUUUGUGAUGUUUCAGGAUUGUUUGCAGAUUUUCAAACUCAGGAAAGCUGGAAACAAAGCCAAGGAGCUGAGCAGAAAUGUGGAGGUAUGAUGGAGGUGCUGUGUGAAAACAGGGGACUAGGAGGUUCUCUCUUCUCCAGAGGCAGUCCCGUGUAGUGAAAUUUCAUGCAAGUAAUAGCUUCCCCUAACAAACUGCAACACAACAUCAUUUUUUGGAAAUGAAGCUUAAAUGAUUCUGCCAAAAACUUCACAGCAGUCUUCCAAGUUUCCAAAAUAUGAUGGAAAAUAUCCUUCAGGGUCAGCAAACAGAAACACAGAAAAGUGGACUGGGUCCAAGAGAGGCUGCUGGGACCAGAAGCAGCGAGGGCAGACACUGCAGCAGGGACAGACGUGGCAGCAAACAGCUCUGGUAUCCCACAGGCAGGGCUCAAGGCAAGGUGGCCGGGCUGCCAUGGCCAGGGCACGGCUCGGCAACUGGCUGAUCCUCUGCAUGCUUGCUGGCUCCCAGAGGCUGACAGAUGAACAUCCUCACGGAAGGGACAGUGCCAACACCCGUACACACCAUCAUGGCCCAGAGGACGCUGACAUCAUGUUAGAGAUGCUCUGGGGAGGCCUGGAUGUGCAGGCCAACGGGACCAGCCGGCUGUGGGAUGAGGAGCUGGCCUCCCUGCGCCCGGCGCGGCGGCUCCUGCACAUUCUAGAGGAUGAAGUUCCCAAAACGCCGCCAGAGGUGGAACAGCAUCUGAGAUACUACUCCCUGACAGAUAGCCCCUUGCUUGCACUGGAGUUUCACCGCCUUCUUCUCACCGGUGUUUACUGUGCCUACCAGGUUCGCUCUGUGCAGGGUUUGGAUAAAAAUCUCUGGAUUAGUUUUUUCUCUCAGUUGGUUGAUGAAAUCUUUCGUGACCUGUGCAAGGGGCUCUGCCCUGCAAAUACCACCCUCCUCCUGGCCUCCUGGCCCUGGAAGGAGAAGCCUUUGCAUUUAGCAUCCCUGAAACAUUUCUAUCGUUCUAAUGUGGCCAGGACCAAGAGAGACACUUAACAAGGGCAGCUGCUGCAGGGAAGGACACACCUGACUGCAGCUGCAUCCCUGGUUAUUUGGGAUGCUUUCCACGUUAUCCAGAACUCUGUACAAAUACAUCAUCACUUCCCGUCCCACCUUCUGCAUUGCACUAGUGACCUUCUAAGGUUACUCAAGCUUUUAUUUUUAGACAAAAUAGGGCAAAACUAUAAAAUAUGCUUGACCCUUUAUUGGUUUUAUUCCUGUUUCUCAGGCAGGCUGUGCUGAAGGGGGCAGUGCUGCUCAGAUGUUCUCUAUUGCCAACCCUUAACUGGGGAGAAGCUCUGGCAGAUUUUCCCAGGCUGAUACACUGGUGUCCUAGCUGACUUCAUUUUAGACAACUCAGCCCAGCUUCCUUUGUGUUCCUACCAAAUGCAGGUUCUUGUCUCCUCUCUAGUAACCAGCUAAGCAGAUUUCGUUGUGUUUCAUGAUAUAGGUCACAUUUUAUUUUGGCUUUCUGCUCAUGUGGCAUCACAUUUUAUGUGUCCAUAGUAAUUUCCACCUCAUGUCUUCAUUCUUCUUUAAAAAGACAGCUUGAAAAUGUAUGUAUUCCGUGAAGUUCUCAAGUAUUUGCAUAUCAUAUUUACAGAUGUGCACUGCUUUGUGCCCAUUAUCACUUUGGAAUAUACUUCCACAAAUCUCAUUUAAAUUCCUAGGCAUUGUGACCUAGUUAUUUCCUCAGCAGCUUUUACCUCUUCUAUGAAGUUCUUUCGUACAGCUAUGGCACUUUAUGAGUCAAACGUAAUAAACACACACUCUUUACCCUCAAAAUCAGAUUUAGGAUUAUUUGAGAGAAAGAGAUCAUUAGCCUUUCACUCUCUUACAUAUUGGAUUGUAGAAUUAAAUAAAUGUGAUUAUCUAG